AUGUUAGACUCAUUCGAGAUAUUAACCACUUCGGGUGUCGUUGUCUGGUCGCGCACAUACACUGCCAUAAACCCUUCGAUCAUCAACAACUUCAUCGCCGAUACCUUUAUUGAAGAGAAGAGUGGCGCCAUUGCCCUCAGCGACUCGAGGUCAGCCUCUACCAAUCCUCCUUACAAGAGCGACCAACACACUCUCAAGUGGACUCUCGUCAAGGAAUUGGGCAUCAUCUUCGUCACCAUCUUCGUCAAGCUUUACGGCGAGCAAUUAACGAAGCCGCACACGACCCUCGUCGAAUGUCAUGCCUUUGAUGAAUACUUUGACGUACAAAUCGAGGAGCUCGACCAAACUAGUACCAAGGUCCCCUCCACCACCAUCACAGCCGGCGCAAUCCCAUUAGAAGAGGAAAUCAUCCCAAGAAAUAUCGGCGACGAACCUCCUGUUGCGCCAGGUUUAACAUACCGAGGGCGCCACCUCAAUGGACCUCAAGAUGCCCUGUCGGCCGACGAGUCUACCCCCGCCUUGACUCCAAAUGGAUCGCGACCCGGCACACCAAGCAAUCACAUCCUCUCCGCAAAGGGUGGCCCUAUCGCAAAGAUCUCGCGACGUGCGCGCAAGGCAAAGAACCAAACAUCCGCUCCCGCCUCUUCCGGCGACGAAGCGCCCCGAAAGAAGAAGACAACCGCCAAGAAGGGCCGUAAGUGGGACGCCGAUGGCUUCGCAGAUGAGGACGACGAUGUUCAGCUUGACUACUCUAAAGCGCAAGCCACCAGUGAUUCGGAAGCUGAAGGAAGAUCAACCGCCUUGGACGAGAUCGACUCAAACACAUGGGGCUCGACGUCAAAGGGCAAGUUCGUGUUGAAGGACUUGGGUGAUGAGGUUCACGAGAUCUUGGCCUCUGAAGCAGAGAAGGCAGCAGAAACAAAGUCACAAUCCAAGUCUGGUCUUUUGGGUACCGGUGUUAGUGCCAUCAGCGGUCUCUUCCGCAAUGUUGUCGGAGGCAAGACUUUGACCAAGGAAGAUCUCGACAAGGCUAUGAAGGGUAUGGAGGAGCACCUGCUGCAGAAGAACGUAGCCCGGGAGGCUGCUGUUCGACUUUGCGAAGGUGUGGAGAAGGAGUUGGUUGGUGUCAAGACUGGCAGUUUCGAGAGUAUCAACGCCAGGAUCCAAGCCGCCAUGGAAGCCUCGCUAACAAAGAUGCUCACCCCCACGUCAUCUCUCGAUCUUCUCCGCGAGAUUGAUGCCAUAACUGCUCCUUCGGUGACAUCCCUCCGCAAGCCCCGUCCCUAUGUCAUGUCCAUUGUCGGUGUCAACGGUGUGGGCAAGUCCACCAACCUUUCAAAGAUUUGCUUCUUCCUUCUUCAGAACAAAUACAAGGUUCUCAUCGCCGCCGGUGACACUUUCCGUUCCGGCGCCGUCGAGCAGCUCGCUGUUCACGUCCGUAACCUCAAGGAGUUGACGGCCCGUGAGGGUGGUCGCGUUGAGCUUUAUCAAAAGGGUUACGGCAAGGAUGCUGCCACAGUCGCCAAGGAUGCUGUGAGCCAUGCUGCGCAAGAAGGUUAUGACGUUGUCCUCAUCGACACAGCUGGUAGAAGGCACAAUGACCAGCGACUUAUGUCUUCUCUCGAGAAGUUUGCCAAGUUUGCUCAGCCUGACAAGAUCCUCAUGGUUGGCGAAGCUCUCGUCGGUACCGACUCAGUCGCCCAAGCCCGCAACUUCAACGCAGCCUUCGGCGCUGUCCGCACACUAGACGGCUUCAUCAUCUCCAAGUGUGAUACUGUCGGCGACAUGGUUGGUACUCUUGUCAGUCUCGUUCAUGCAACGAACGUCCCGGUCCUGUUUGUUGGCGUGGGUCAGCACUAUUCAGACCUGCGUAACUUCUCAGUGAAAUGGGCUGUUGAGAAGCUGCUGAGCAGUAACUAG